UAAAAAUACAUAGACAUUGGAUAUUACCUAAAUAAAAUGACAAUGUCAAAAGUAACUCUUGCGAUCUCCAUUGGAUUAUUAUGUCUGAUGCUGACUUACAUUCAAAGAUUACCCUACUUGCCUAUUCCAGCUGACUAUUCCAAAGCUCUAGGGGAGCUGAGCAAUUCAGAGCCGCUAGAGCUCAUUGAUCCAACCACUGGACAUUUGAGAUAUCAAGGGUGGGGCAAAUAUCCAAACAAAUGGCUGUAUAAUCCCUCAAUGAGCAAGGCUUGAGGACGCUUUAAAAAGUUUUGGAAUUAUUUCUACAUAAUUUCUGAGAAUUAUUUAGUAACAAUGGCGCACACAGACAUUGGUACUUUAAGAGCUGCUUACGUCAACAUCAGGAAUAUCAAGAACAUGAGCGAACCAACUAUUGAAGUGAAAGUUGAAGACUUCUUCAGACAGUAUGUCACAAUUGAGACAGAAAAGAAUGGCGCUGGGGUCUACUCAACAGUGGCCAACCCAGAUCUGAAUAUGACCUUCUUUCAGAGACCUGAAAGUACAAGCGCCAAGAUUGAUAUUUCAGGAAUCACAGGUCAAAAUGAGAUUGAGGCUGCUUUUAUUGCUGACUCUAAAGGCUAUGAGGGUAUUUCUAGUGUAAGUGAGACUUACCACGACAAGAGCAGACACGUUUAUAGUCAUAAGAUCCAGAAGAAGUUUGUGGGAGAUCUUAAAAUAAACGGAAAAUCCAUUGUUACUUGCACUAUUCAACAGCCUUGCCUUGGAAUCUUUGAUAAUGGACGAGGGCAUUUCCCAUAUGUUAGCAGAUGGAUAUGGCCUUCAACUACAUUUAAAGUGGGGAAUCACGAAGUCCUCAUUAAUCUCGGAUACUCACAAGAUAACCCUCAUGCAAGCUUUGAUGCUGUGUUUGUUGAUGGUAAACUUUACAAGCUAGACCCCUUGAUUUUGGUUAAAGAAACCGAAGAUCAUUGGAAGUGGGUAAAAGCAGAACAGUCAAAUACACAUUCUAACAGUUUGAAGCUUGAGUUCAAUAGGACUCACCAUCACUCCGUUGGAGUUGAGUAUCCUCUGGAUUUCCUCAAGUAUGUCAUUCCAUUUAAGGUUAACCUUGAUGCAAAUUAUGGAUUUUAUUCUGGAGAGAUCAAGAUAAAUGAAGGCAGGACUACAAAAUUAAGUAUCAAAUUUGAUGAAGUAUUUGGAUUCAUCGAAGAUUUCCAUGCAUUAUGGUAA